AUGAAUCACCUCCCAAUCAUUACUGACCUGGGGAUCACGACCCUGGACCUGGCAGGUGAGGGGGUGGGCGGGAGUAAUAUGAAAUGUGUGUUGUGAAAGGUAAUAUGCACUGUAUAAAAUAAUGUAUUGUGUAUCUAUGACAUUAGUGAGUGUGUAUAUCAGUGUGUAUAUUAGUGUUAAUAUUAGUGUGUAUAUUAGUGAGUAUAUUAGUGAGUAUAUCAGUGUGUAUAUUAGUGUGUAUAUUAGUGUGUAUAUUAGUGAGUAUAUUAGUGUGUAUAUUAGAGUGUAUAUUAGUGUGUAUAUUAGUGUGUAUAUUAGUGUGUAUAUUAGUGUAUAUAUUAGUGAGUAUAUUAGUGUUUAUAUUAGUGUGUAUAUUAGUGUGUAUAUUAGUGAGUAUAUUAGUGUGUAUAUUAGUGUGUAUAUUAGUGUAUAUAUUAGUGAGUAUAUUAGUGUUUAUAUUAGUGUAUAUAUUAGUGUGUAUAUUAGUGUAUAUAUUAGUGAGUAUAUUAGUGUUUAUAUUAGUGUAUAUAUUAGUGAGUAUAUUAGUUUGUAUAUUAGUGUGUAUAUUAGUGUGUAUAUUAGUGAGUAUAUGAGUGAGUAUAUGAGUGUGUAUAUUAGUGUGUAUAUUAGUGUGUAUAUUAGUGAGUAUAUUAGUGUGUAUAUUAGUGAGUAUAUUAGUGAGUAUAUUAGUGAGUAUAUUAGUGAGUAUAUUAGUGUGUAUAUUAGUGUGUAUAUUAGUGAGUAUAUUAGUGAGUAUAUUAGUGUAUAUGUCAGUGUGAUUGUACCUCUAUAUGUGUGUCUGACAGAGAACAGUAUCAGUCUUAUUUCCUCGCGGGGUUUCUCUGGUCUUCCCAACCUGGAGAGUAUAGACCUGAGCAAAAACCGACUGGAUGAUGACUCACUCAGCCACCACCUCUUCUCUGUAAGUUUCACCAGCUUUACACCCCUACCCUGCUGUAUGAAAGACCUGCUGGAGAGUAAGGGUUGGGGGCUCGAGAUCUCUAGAUAAGUAACUAGAUUAUUAUUACAUUACAAGACCAGGGCAGUCCUGCAUGAGUCAGCAUAUUCCUAUAAUGGUAGCUGGUAACUGGCUGACAGUAACUGAGUCAGUAUAUUCCUAUAAUGGUAGCUGGUAACUGGCUGACAGUAACUGAGUCAGUAUAUUCCUAUAAUGGUAGCUGGUAACUGGCUGACAGUAACUGAGUCAGUAUAUUCCUAUAAUGGUAGCUGGUAACUGGCUGACAGUAACUGAGUCAGUAUAUUCCUAUAAUGGUAGCUGGUAACUGGCUGACAGUAACUGAGUCAGCAUAUUCCUAUAAUGGUAGCUGGUAAUUGGCUGACAGACCUCAGAUCCUGAUCAAGGGGCUGGACUACAGCAGGAGCACAGACUCUGGUGCACUGGCUUCCUCUUAAGAGAUCGGCUAAGUGUGUGUGUGUGUGUGUGUGUGUGUGUGUGUGUGUGUGUGUGUGUGUGUGUGUGUGUGUGCGCGCACAUGUUCAAGUGAAAUAUACAGUACAUGACUACAGCCAAUGGGCUUGAGAUGAAAAGAGGAGAUUAUUUUAAGAAGAAAUGAUUUUAUGAUAUCCGUUCAUCCAGUAAUGACAGAGGCGGGAGGAACAGGGCAGAGUUACUGGGAGAGUGACACAGCUCAAUGGUUUCACUGGGUACAGAUCAACCAGACCACACCAAUACAGGCUCUAAAUAAAGACCAGGGUCAAGCUAGAUUUACAGAAAAGGACCGUUUUAACGGUCAUCUAAACCGAUGCAGGUUUUUCUUAAAUGUAUCUCCUCUCUACUUCCUGGUAGAAUCUGACCCGGCUGAGGAGGCUUAACCUAGAUGAUAACCAGCUGACACGGAUCCCACUGCUGCCACCAUCACUGGAGGAGCUCAAGAUGAAUGACAACAAGAUCACCAGACUCACACCUCACAGCUUCAAAGGUGUGUGUUUAUAUUUGUGGAAAUUGUGUUUGAGAGGGAGGUUGAAGGUUGAUUUAAUCACCUGUAUGUAACGCACACACUUCUUUGUGACACUCAUAUGUAUCAGUAUGUGUGUGUGUGUGUGUUUUUAUAUGUGUGUGUGUGUGUGUGUGUGUGUGUGUUUGAGUGGCCUGAGUGGCGCAGUGGUCUAAGGCACUGCAUCGCAGUGCUAACUGUGCCACUAGAGAUCCUGGUUCGAAUCCAGGCUCUGUCGCAGCCGGCCGCGACCGGGAGACUCAUGGGCGGCGCACAAUUGGCCCAGCGUCGUCCAGGGUAGGGGAGGGAAUGGCCGGCAGGGAUGUAGCUCAGUUGAUAGAGCAUGGCGUUUGCAACGCCAGGGUUGUGGGUUCGAUUCCCACGGGGGGCCAGUAUAAAAAAAAAAAAAAGAUAUGUAUUCACUAACUGCAAGUCGCUCUGGAUAAGAGCGUCUGCUAAAUGACUAAAAUGUAAAAAUGUAAUGUAUGCGUGAAUGCGUUUAUAUGUAUGUGUGUGUGUGUUUGUGUGUGUGUUUAUGUGUAUGCGUGUGUGUGUUUAUGUGUAUGCGUGUAUGUGUGUGUGUGUGUGUGUGUGUUUAUGUGUAUGUGUGUGUGUGUCCCAGGUCUGUUCCAUCUGUUGUCUUUGGAGCUGGAGGAGAACCUCUUCCAUGACGGCAACAUGUCCCCUUUGACCUUCAAGCCGCUGAGGAGGGUCCAGUACCUGCGAUUGGACUCAAACAGGUUCCGCUCCCUCCCCCUCGGCCUGCCCCGCUCCCUACAGGUCAGAGUCUCCUCAUCACCAUCCAGAACAUUCUUAUAAUACAUUCUUGUGUGUUUCUAUAUUAUGUGCGUCUAAACAUCUGUGUGUGUGUGUGUGUGUGUGUGCGUGUGUGUGUGAGUGUGUGUGUGUGUGUGUGUGUGUGUGUGUGGUGUGUAGGAGCUGAGGAUGCGUGAUAACCAGUUACAGGAGGUACCAGAAGGGGUUCUGAGUGAAUUGGCCAAACUGAGAGUACUGGACCUUAGUCACAACCUGCUGCAUGAGGGCGACAUCUCAAACCGGGCCUGGGUCAAACUAACGUGAGUUCAAUGAAUAAAUGAAUCAAUAAAUCAAUCCACCCACCCAUCCAAAAAGGAAUUAACGCAGGUUCAUAUGACACAAAAUGCAUCAUACCGGCUGUAUUUCUGUAUUUUGAAAGUUAUAUAUCUUGAUAACUUGAUUGCUGACAUACAAAACAUUUUGGGACUGUAUCAACAAUGGAUUAAAGAAACAUUUACAAUUUGUUACAGAAUGUUUUGUAGUACCUAUGUCACCCACAGGAGGGAGAACUGUGCUUGCGAAUCAGCACCUCAGAUUUUCCUGACUCAUUCUAUUUUAUGUAAAAUCAUUAAUGUUCUGCUAGUGCUGAUGUACACACACGGGUUUGUGUGUGUGUGUAUGUGCGUGUAUGUGUGUGAAUUCCUGCUGCUUAGUCAGAUAAGCAUCUCUACAGAACACAGGGUUCAAACCUGUCAUUAUCACCUUGACAGCUACACACGCACACAUGCAUGUCAAAUCAAAUCAAAUCACAUUUUAUUUGCCACAGGCGCCGAAUACAACAGGUGUAGACCUUACUUACAAGCCCUUAACCAACAACGCAGUUUUAAGAAAAAUAAGUGUUAAGUAAAAAAUAGAUAAGUAAAAAAUUAAAAUAAAAGAUAAUUAAAGAGCAGCAGUGAAAUAAAAUAACAGUAGGGAGGCUAUAUACAAGGGGUACCACUACAGAGUCAAUGUGCAGGGGCACAGGUUGGUCGAGGUAAUUGAGGUAAUAUGUACAUUACAUAGAUAAUAAACAGAGAGUAGCAGCAGCGUAAAAGAGGGGGUGGGGUGGGGUGACAAUGCAAAUAGUCCAAAUAGUGAUUAGCUGUUCAUGAGUCUUAUGGCUUGGGGGUAGAAGCUGUUAAGAAGCCUUUUGGACCUAGACUUGGCGCUCCGGUACUGCUUGCCGUGUGGUACCAGAGAGAACAGUCUAUGACUAGGGUGGCUGGAGUCGCAUAAAUUUUUUAGGGCCUUCCUCUGACACCGCCUGGUAUAGAGGUCCUGGAUGGCAGGAAGCUUGGCCCCAGUGAUGUACUGGGCCGUACGCACUACCCUCUGUAGUGCUUUGCGGUCAGAGGCCGAGCAGUUGCAAUACCAGGCAGUAAUGCAACUAGUCAGGAUGCUUUCGAAGGUGCAGAUGUAUAACUUUUUGAGGAUCUGAGGACCCAUGCCAAAUCUUUUCAGUCUCCUGAGGGGGAAUAGGCUUUGUCGUGCCCUCUUCACGACUGCCUUGGUGUGUUUGGACCAUGAUAGUUUGUUGGUGAUGUGGACACUAAGGAACUUGAAGCUCCCAUGUUGAGGAUCAGCGUGGCAGAUGUGUUGUUACCUACCAUUACCCACUGGGGGCGGCCUGUCAGGAAGUCCAGGAUCCAGUUGCAGAGGGAGGUGUUUAGUCCUAGGGUCCUUAGCUUAGUGAUGAGUUUUGAGGGCACUAUGGUGUUGAACGCUGAGCUGUAGUGAAUUAAUAGCAUUCUCACGUAGGUGUUCCUCUUGUCCAGGUGGGAAAGGGCAGUGUGGAGUGCAAUAGAGAUUGCAUCAUCUAUGGAUCUGUUGGGGCGGUAUGCAAAUUAAGUGGGUCUAGGGUUUCUGGGAUAAUGGUGUUGAUGUGAGCCAUGACCAGCCUUUCAAAGCACUUCAUGGCUACAGAGUGCUACGGGUCGGUAGUCAUUUAGGCAGGUUAUCUUAGUGUUCUUGGGCACAGGGACUAUGGUGGUCUGCUUGAAACAUGUUGGUAUUACAGACUCAGUCAGGGACAUGUUGAAAAUGUCAGUGAAGACACUUUCCAGUUGGUCAGCGCAUGCUCGGAGUACGUGUCCUGGUAAUCCGUCUGGCCCUGCGGUCUUGUGAACGUUGACCUGCUUAAAGGUCUUACUCACAUCGGCUACGGAGAGCGUGAUCACAUUGUCAUCCAGAACAGUGGAUGCUCUCAUACAUACAGUGGGGAAUAAAAGUAUUUAGUCAGCCACCAAUUGUGCAAGUUCUCCCACUUAAAAAGAUGAGAGAGGCCUGUAAUUUUCAUCAUAGGUAUACGUCAACUAUGACAGACAAAUUGAGAAUUUUUUUUCUAGAAAAUCACAUUGUAGGAUUUUUAAUGAAUUUAUUUGCAAAUUAUGGUGGAAAAUAAGUAUUUGGUCAAUAACAAAAGUUUCUCAAUACUUUGUUAUAUACCCUUUGUUGGCAAUGACACAGGUCAAACGUUUUCUGUAAGUCUUCACAAGGUUUUCACACACUGUUGCUGGUAGUUUGGCCCAUUCCUCCAUGCAGAUCUCCUCUAGAGCAGUGAUAUUUUGGGGCUGUCGCUGGGCAACACAGACUUUCAACUCCCUCCAAAGAUUUUCUAUGGGGUUGAAAUCUGGAGACUGGCUAGGCCACUCCAGGACCUUGAAAUGCUUCUUACGAAGCCACUCCUUCGUUGCCCGGGCGGUGUGUUUGGGAUCAUUGUCAUGCUGAAAGACCCAGCCACGUUUCAUCUUCAAUGCCCUUGCUGAUGGAAGGAGGUUUUCACUCAAAAUCUCACGAUACAUGGCCCCAUUCAUUCUUUCCUUUACACGGAUCAGUCGUCCUGGUCCCUUUGCAGAAAAACAGCCCCAAAGCAUGAUGUUUCCACCCCCAUGCUUCACAGUAGGUAUGGUGUUCUUUGGAUGCAACUCAGCAUUCUUUGUCCUCCAAACACGACGAGUUGAGUUUUUACCAAAAAGUUCUAUUUUGGUUUCAUCUGACCAUAUGACAUUCUCCCAAUCCUCUUCUGGAUCAUCCAAAUGCACUCUAGCAAACUUCAGACGGGCCUGGACAUGUACUGGCUUAAGCAGGGGGACACGUCUGGCACUGCAGGAUUUGAGUCCCUGGCGGCGUAGUGUGUUACUGAUGGUAGGCUUUGUUACUUUGGUCCCAGCUCUCUGCAGGUCAUUCACUAGGUCCCCCCGUGUGGUUCUGGGAUUUUUGCUCACCGUUCUUGUGAUCAUUUUGACCCCACGGGGUGAGAUCUUGUGUGGAGCCCCAGAUCGAGGGAGAUUAUCAGUGGUCUAGAAUGUCUUCCAUUUCCUAAUAAUUGCUCCCACAGUUGAUUUCUUCAAACCAAGCUGCUUACCUAUUGCAGAUUCAGUCUUCCCAGCCUGGUGCAGGUCUACAGUUUUGUUUCUGGUGUCCUUUGACAGCUCUUUGGUCUUGGCCAUAGUGGAGUUUGGAGUGUGACUGUUUGAGGUUGUGGACAGGUGUCUUUUAUACUGAUAACGAGUUCAAACAGGUGCCAUUAAUACAGGUAACGAGUGGAGGACAGAGGAGCCUCUUAAAGAAGAAGUUACAGGUCUGUGAGAGCCAGAAAUCUUGCUUGUUUGUAGGUGACCAAAUACUUAUUUUCCACCAUAAUUUGCAAAUAAAGUCAUAAAAAAUCCUACAAUGUGAUUUUCUGGAUAUUUUUUCUCAAUUUGUCUGUCAUAGUUGACGUGUACCUAUGAUGAAAAUUACAGGCCUCUCUCAUCUUUUUAAGUGGGAGAACUUGCACAAUUAGUGGCUGACUAAAUACUUUUUUUCCCCACUGUACUUCAGUGUUACUUGCCUCAAAGCAAGCAUAGAAGUGAUUUAGCUCAUCUGGCAGGCUCGUGUCACUGGGCAGCUCGCGGCUGUGCUUCCCUUUUUUAGUCAGUAAUAGUUUGCAAGCCCUGCCACAUCCAACGAGCGUCGGAGCCGGUGUAGUACAAUUCAAUCUUAGUCCUAUAUUGACUCUUUGCCUGUUUGAUGGUUCGUCGGAGGACAUAGAGGGAUUUCUUAUAAGCGUCCGGGUUAGAGUCCUGCUCCGUGAACGCGGCAGCUCGACCCUUUAGCUCAGUGCGGAUGUUGCCUGUAAUCCAUGGCUUCUGGUUGGGGUAUGUACGUACGGUCACUGUGGGGACGACGUCAUCGAUGCACUUAUUGAUGAAGCCAGUGACUGAUGUGGUGUACUCCUCAAUGCCAUCGGAAGAAUCUCGGAACAUAUUCCAGCCUGUGCUAGCAAAACAGUCCUGCAGCUUAGCAUCUGUGUCAUCUGACCACUUCCUUAUUAACCGAGUCACUGGUGCUUCCUGCUUUAGUUUUUGCUUAUAAGCAGGAAUCAGGAGGAUAGAGUCAUGGUCAGAUUUGCCAAAUGGAGGGCGAGGGAAAGCUUUGUACGCAUCUCUGUGUGUGGAGUAAAGGUGGUCUAGAGUUCUUUUCCUCAGGUUGCACAUUUAACAUUAGGUAAAACGGAUGUAAGUUUCCCUGCAUUAAGGUCCCUGGCCACUAGGAGCGCUGCCUCUGGAUGAGCGUUUUCCUGUUUGCUUAUGGCCUUAUACAGCUCAAUGAGUGCAGUCUUACUGCUAGUAUCGGUUUGUGGUGGUAAAUAGACAGCUACGAAAAAUAUAGAUGAAAACUCUCUUGGUAAAUAGUGUGGUCUACAGCUUAUCAUGAGAUACUCUACCUCAGGUGAGCAAAACCUUGAGACUUCCUUAGUAUUAGAUUUCGUGCACCAGCUGUUGUUUACAAAUAUACACAGACUGCCACCCCUUGUCUUACCGGAGUCAGCUGUUCUAUUCUGCCGAUGUAGCGUAUAUGCCACCAGCUGUAUGUUAUCCAUGUCGUUGUUCAGCCACGACUCGGUGAAACAUAAGAUAUUACAGUCUUUAAUGUCCCGUUGGUAGGAUAUCCGUGAUCGUAGGUCGUCUAUUUUGUUUUCCAAUGACUGUACGUUGGCUAAUAGGACUGAUGGUAGAGGCAGAUUACUUGCUCGCCGUCGGAUCCUUACAAGGCACCCCGACCUACGUCCACGAUAUCUUCGUCUCUUUCUCAUGUCUGUAGAAUAUCCUUUGCGUCUGACUCGUUGAAGAAAGAAUCUUCGUCCAAUACGAGCUGAGUAAUCGCUGUCCUGAUAUCCAGAAGCUCUUUUUGGUCAUAAGAGACAGUGGCAGAAACAUUAUGUACAGAAUAAAUUACAAAUAACGUUAAAAAACACACAUAAUAGCACAAUUGGUUAGGGGGCCGUAAAACGUCAGCCAUCUCCUCUGGCGCCAUUAUAGAAUCUGAUAGACUGUGACAGCUGACCCUGUGUAUUCAUGAGAACAAAUGUGUGAUGGGAAGGAGGAAGGAAAGGGUAUAUUGUAAGUGUGUGUGUGUGUGUGUGUGUGAGUGUGUCCUUUGUAAACAUAGUGAAUUCCAGUGGGUUUAUCCCCUGCUCCGUGGGAUCCUUGCGAACCACAGCAAGAGCUUCGGGAGAAAAUACACAUUGUCUGAGAGAGAGGAGAGAGAGAGAAAGAGAGGGGGGAGAAAGAAAGGGUGUGUAAGAGUCGUGUUGAGGAAAAUAAGUUAGAAAGAGAAAAGAGAGCAUGGAUGAGAACAGAGCAGAAGGGAGGAGGAAGAAGAGAGGCGGAGAGAAACUGUGUGUGUAUAAUGUUGCCAAAGUGCCCGUAAUGUAAAACAGAUAAACUUAUCAGGUACUUCCUGGAUACAUAUUGACCGUGUUUAGCGUCAGGGCCAAGGGGUUAAUUUCAGGGGUUAUUUGGGUAGGGCACCUAGGUAGGGGUUGUGGUCCUCUGUAGCUCAGCUGGUAGAGCACGGCGCUUGUAACGCCAAGGUAGUGGGUUCGAUCCCCGGGACCACCCAUACACAAAAAAAUGUAUGCACGCAUGACUGUAAGUCGCUUUGGAUAAAAGCGUCUGCUAAAUGGCAUAUUAUUAUUAUUAUUAUAGGGGUUACUAGGGGUCAGAGGUUAAAUACAUGGUUAGAGUGCUGGCCAUCUGACAGGUUUAUGAAGGUAAAGGAAGGCCAAACUAAUACAACUCUCAUUAGUGUGGCAAGCAGGGCUCUGUUGAGAGAGGGAGACAGUUGUGUGUCUGAUGAUAGUUAGUGUACUAUAUCCUAAGAUAGAUGAAUGUUCUCACACCUUGUAAUGUAGUCCAUACUGACAGUAUGCUUGGAGACGGAUUUUCACACUUUGCUCCACAACGUUUUCAUUGUGUGGAGUCAGUAUUUCACCCAAGUCUGGGGGUCAGAGGUGAGGGGUGUGUGUGUGAGUUUGUGCCAGGGUUGGGGUCAAUUCCAUUUCAAUUCCAGCCAAUUCAGAAAGUAAACCAAAUUCCAAUUCCAAAUGUUUCUCAUUGAAUAGCAUUGAAAAUAAUUGGAAUUGGAAUUUCAGUGUACUUCCUGAAUUGAAUUUAAAUGAAAUUGACCCCAACCCUGGUUUGUUCCUGAGACUGCCUGGGCUUCAGGCCGUUCUGUGCCUGCCAGUCCCCUGCGGGGCUCAGUCUCCCACAUCAACUUGACUGAGCUUUGUGAGGGUCAGGGGAUGUGUUUAUGUGUGUAUGUGCAUGCGCAUUCUUGUGUGCCAUUGUGUGUGCGUGUGUGUGCAUAUGUGGGUGUGUGUUUGCCUGAGUGAGUGUAUGUGUGUGUGUUAAAUAUUACUUUUCUUGGCAAUCUUUUUUUAAUUUCCCCUCCUGAGCUUAGAGGAUAAAGAAGAGCAUUUCUGUAUUAAAGCUUCUCUUUCAUUCACCACAGUUCUUUCACCUCUGUCUGGGUCUCAGUCUGGCUUUUGUUUCACGCUUCCUCUCUCUCUUUCUCUCUCUCUCUCUCUUCCUUUCUAUCUGUCUCUGUCUCUGUCUCGCUGUCUUCCUUCCUUCCUUUCUCUCUCUCUCUCUCUCUCUCCUCUCUCUCUCUCUCUCUCUCUCUCUCUCCUCUCUCUCUCUCCUCUCUCUCUCUCUGUUUGCCUCUCUUUCUCUCUCUAUCGCACUCUCUCUCUCCCUCUGUUUCUCUUGCUCUGUCUCUGCCUCUCUGUAAAAGAGAAACAACUGCCAUCACCUCCAUUAUGACUACCAUCAACUACCAUUAUUUAUUUGUGUUUUCUGCGUGUGUAUGUGACAUACAGCUCCUAAGUUUGCCUGUGUGCAUGUGUUGGUAUGUGUGUAUGUACAGUAGGUGUGUUAUGUAACCAGGCCUCAGUAGUAGCUACUAUUAUCCAGGCAUAAAUCCUGGUGCAGUGAAAGCUGUGAAAUUAGCUGUACCUCCUCUAAGGCACAACUCCCUCGACUCACUUUCAUCUUUAUGCACGUGCACGCACACACACACACACACACACACACACACACACACACACUGACAUUAAUUUUUGUCUCUCCCACACACACUGACUUUAAUAUUUGUCUCUCCUUUGGAACCUGUCAGUCUAAAUCACCAAUAAUCUAAAUAACUCUGCAAUGUCUAAUGUUUAUCGUUUUAUGAUGUACUGUUUUAUCUUUUGUUUUAUAUGUAAUGUAAGUGCCUUAAUGUGUUUGGACUCCAGGAAGAUUAGCAGCUGCCUUGGCAGCAGCUAAUGGGAAUCCCUAAUAAAUACAAAUAAAUACAAAUCUCUGUCAUAUCCUCACCACCUACCCCCUUAAAUAUCUCCAUCAACUACAGCUCUCACCACUUAAGAGUACCCUGUCUACUGUACAUCAUCAUGUGUACAACUACUCUCCCUUACUGUAAAUCUAUAUUUGAAAUCUCUCAUACUUCUCCAGAUCACAGAGAUCAACGUGCCCUUGACAGUAACAUAAGCAAUGUGUUUCAGUUUGUGUCAAAGAGAGAGAGAGUACUUUUCAAUUUGUCCAUCGUAUUGUUCCAUUUGUUUCUCAUUAUGUGUGUGUGUGCGUGAGAGUGUGUGUAUGUGUGUGUGUGCGUGCGUGUGUGCGUGAGAUUGAGUGAGUGAGUGUGAGAGAGAGAGAGAGAGAGAGAGAGAGGAGAGGAUAGAGGGAGGGUAGAGGUGGAGAUAGUGAGUGAGAGAGUUUGUAGAGUAGAGAGUUAAGCUAUGGCUAGUGAUUUAGUUCGUUCUUGCGUCGUUAUCGCUCUCAGCGCGCUUCUCGCGAGCGCGGUCUCCGGUUCUCUCGCGGUUGCGCUCUUCUCUCCUCUCGCCCUCCUCGCGCCUGGCGCUCUCGCGCGCGGCCCGCGCCGCUCGCUCUCUGGGCUGCUCCUCUCCCACUCUCUCUCUGAGCUCUCUCUCUCUCGAGUCGUUUCUCGCGUCAUCCCCUCCCGAUCCUGCGUUUCUUUUCUCUGUUUUCUUUUCGUGCUUCGUUGCUUCGUCGCUCCUGCGUUCUUCUCUCCUCUCUCUCUCUCUCUCUUCUCCUCGCGCCUCUCGCUCUCUGCAAGACUGACCGGGUGGUUAGGGUGUGUGCGUUAGUGUUUCUGUUGGAAGGGGUGACGUUGCUGAGGCUAUAAAAGCUCUUAGCAGUUAUCAUAGCCGCAGGCUGAGCCAGGUUGGAUGAAGAGUCUGGUUCCAAUAAUAAGAGCACUGAUCAGAGGAAUACAUCCACUCUGUGUGUGUUUUAUGUACUGGACACCUACUAAAGGUGGGCCAUGGUUGUCCCCUAAGGCUUGCUGUCUUCGCAGAACACAACCCAUUCUGUGAGAGUGUGUGUUCUGGGUAGUGUGUUUUACAUUAUGUACAGUUCACGAGUGUGUUCAUGUUUGUUGGUGUGAUCGUGUGUUUAUGUAAGUCAUUCUGAAACUUAAUCUCUGUCACUAUCGCAUCAAAUAACUAAUAUCAAGUUUUACGAUGACACCAAAUUUGCUUGGAUGUUUUUGAUUAGUAAUGGCAACCUGGUUACAGCGUUUAAUUGAAUAGGCAUGAGGUAAUACCUGGCAUCAUGAUGAUGCUUCCUGUUAUUCAUGAGAUCCGUCUUAUCACAGUUAGUGGCUAGAUACUGUGGUUAUCCUGGCUAUCCUGGUUAGUGUGGCUAUCCUGGCUAUCCUGGUUAGUGUGGCUAUCCUGGCUAGCCAGGUUAGUGUGGUUAUCCUGACUAUCCUGGCUAACCUGGUUAGUGUGGUUAGUGUCGGUAGUGUGGUUAUCCUGGCUAUCCUGGUUAGUGUGGCUAUCCUGGCUAGCCAGGUUAGUGUGGUUAUCCUGACUAUCCUGGCUAACCUGGUUAGUGUGGUUAGUGUCGGUAGUGUGGUUAUCCUGGCUAUCCUGGUUAGUGUGGCUAUCCUGGCUAGCCAGGUUAGUGUGGUUAUCCUGACUAUCCUGGCUAACCUGGUUAGUGUGGUUAGUGUCGGUAGUGUGGUUAUCCUGGCUAGCCUGGUUAGUGUAGUUAGUGUUGUUACCCUGGCUAUCCUUGGUUGGUGUGGCUGUCCUGGCUAGCCUGGUUAGCCUGGUUAGUGUGUUUAGUGAAGCUACUGUGGUUAUCCAAGCUAUCCUGGUUAGUGUGGUUAUCCUGGUUAGUGUGGUUAGUGUGGUUAUCCUGGCUCGCCUGGUUAGUGUCAUUACCCUGGCUAGCCUGGCUAGUGUGGUUAAUCCUGGCUAGUCUGGUUAGUGUGGUUAGUCUGGCUAGUCCGGUUAAUGUGGUUAAUCCUGGCUAGCCUGGUUAGUGUGCUUAGUCUGGCUAGCCUGGUUAGUGUGGUUAAUCCUGGCUAGUCUGGUUAGUGUGGUUAGUCUGGCUAGCCUGGUUAGUGUGGUUAAUCCUGGCUAGUCUGGUUAGUGUGGUUAAUCCUGGCUAGUCUGGUUAGUGUGGUUAUUCUGGCUAGCAAGCAGCUUGCAUAAGCCUGGUUGUAUAACACUGGCAUGGUACGUCUCAGCCCCAGGCAAAUUAAACAGAGGAGACAGGGCGUGUAUGUGUUUGUGUGUUUGUGUGUGUGUGUGUGUGUUUGUGUGUUUUGUGUGGCAGAUACCAGCUCCCUCUCCUGGUUCUCAUUAGAGCUCAGCUCCCUGAGGAGGAACGGACCAUCAGAUUGA